GAAUUUAUGUCGUUGUCAAAAUUGAAGCAUGUUUUGGAAUGCGCUGUUUUUGUUGUAAUUUUAUUUGUAAAAUGAUUUAAAUGUAAAUUUUCCAUACCGAUGUGAAAAUGUCCACAAUAAUCAAAUUUGAUCUCAAAGAGCUUAGGAAAUUAGCAAAUGAUAAAGAUUCAUGCAUCAUUGAAAAAAAAGUUACCCAAAAUAUAGCACUACAACCAUGGUGUUUGGGUAAUUUAAAGGAAUCCGUGAAAAAUUCGCUUGAUUAUAAGAUAGGGAAAUUCGAUAAGGAAUUUAAUGGAAUACUAUUAAGUUAUAAGAAUCUACGAAUUUUACAAAACGUUGGAGCAAUCAGAAAUGACAAUUCAGAUAUACAUUUUCAAAUUCAAGCUGAUUAUUUCAUAUUUUGUCCUUAUGUUGGAGCCACAUUAAGGGGGAUAGUGAACAAGAAGAGCUUUACACAUUUAGGCAUCCUGGUACACAGAGUAUUUAAUGUUGUUAUACCAAGACCUACUGAUGAACCAGGCAGUGACUGGAUAGGCACAAACAUAGAGGAAGGACAACAAGUAGUUUUCCAAAUAGCAGCUCUAGACCUGUAUGGUGCAUUACCAUACAUCAGAGGACAAUUAGACGAAAGGUGGUUAAAAUUUGAUGCCACUGGUGAUGAGGAGGCACUUGAUCCUAAGAAUAUGAAAGCACUGAAUGUCACAUAUGUGAACUUUGACAAAACGAAGCCAGCCCAAAAACAUAUGGGUGAUGGUUUGCCAAGCAGUUCAUCAAAGAAGAUCAAUUCUAAUAGUUCUGCAAAGAGUGUUUCGCCAAAUGGACAACAUGUUAAUAAUGAAACUGAAAUAAAUACCUCUAAUAAAAGUAAAGCUAAACGGCAAAGCAAAGUACUGGAUACAGAUACCAAAAACUCGGAACAAAAUACAAGGUUAUCAAAGAAAUAUAAAAAGGAUGGAUAGUAUUAUGUACAAAAUUUUCUAGAUAUAUUUACAUAUUGUUCUGUACGUCAUAUUUUAGCAAAUUAUAUUAUGAUUUAUAAUUA